CGGCGGGCCGCGCCCGAGAUGCCACCGAGCCGCGCAGCCCUGCGGGCGGCGGCGGGCGGCGGGCGGCGGCGGCGGCGGCGGCGGAGAGCGCGAGCGCGAAGGAGGGAGCGAGCCGCGAAGACCAGCUGCUCGCCGCUCAGAUCCCCGCUCCCCUCCCCAGCCCCCAGCCCCGUCGGUCCCACCCCGAGCGCGCCAGCGCGGCUCAGGAAUCUGCCACCGGCUCCCACAACAAUAGUGCCCGCCCACCGGACCCCCUCCCGGGAAGGCGCGGGCGCCGGGGACGCCGGGGCCGCGGAACCGGGCGCACGCGAGCCGGGAAGGUGCUUGGCCCUCUGGGCACCGGGCUGCAGCAAAGGGCCGACCCUUGAGAAGGGGGAAGUUCGGGUACGCUGGCUAGGCCUCCCCACACCUGUUGCACGGGCAGAUUUCAUCCAACUUAAAGCCGGAUGGAGAGUCUCUUCCUCACUUCCCUGCCAAGGAUUGUGCCAGACAUUGCCAAGGCAUCCGUGGGAACUGGGGCAGAAAGGGGCUGUUUUAGGUGAGCCUAAAGGGACGGGUGAAGCCAAGAGGGUGGAGGCACGGGGAUGGCUGCAGGUGGAGCAGAAGAAGGUGGGAUCCCGACUCUGAGAUUGGCAAGGAAAAGGGGCACGUCUCUCGCUUGGCAAAAGGCCGGGUGUAUGGUGGGUCGGAUGCUCCUAGCCACCUCGCUCCACUCAGCCCCCGUUAAAGGGCUGCUGAGAUUGGAGGAAAAUGGGAGAAACCUUCCGGGGGCUCUCCCCACAUGAGCUCCCUCCUUCUUACAUCCCCUGACCAAAAAUUCCCUUUUGAAUUUUGACCACCUGCCUGGGCACCCCAAGAGGACGUGAGACAGACAGACAUCAGCCAUGCCUGGUGUCUUGCUCUCUCAACCCAGCUGCUUUCCAUUCCUAUUCCUCACACCCAGGAGGGUAAGCUCAGCACUCUGCCCGUCCCUUUCCCUUCCUGGACCAGAAGGAAAUCAGAAAGCCACAAUUUGCAAGAGUUCAUGAGACCUAUUAGAAGGUAGUGUGUGUGUGGUGGUGGUGGUGGUGGGGGGGAAGACCACCCAAGGCAAAUGCCUCCUCACCUCUGUCUCAGCUUCCUGUUUCCUUGGCAAGAAAAAGAGGGGGGUAGGGGGCUCAUCUUACGACACCCUAGUCUGCCUCUUUCUACUAGCAGGGUUGGCAGGCAACUUUGCUGAGGGCAGCAGCCGCGAUUGGGGGAGCCUGCUUUCACAGCUCGAAGUCUGCAUGAUGAGGGGUUAGUGAGACAUUACAGUCUGCGUUCCCAAGCAUCGCCUUCGCCCUGUACCUUCCUUUCGCGUUGUCUCUCUAGCCCCCUCCUUCCAGAGGGUGGAGAGGUCGGUAUCAAGGGGGAAGACCCCCCCCCCCAGGCUCUCUCCUGGGAGAUGGCCUCUCAUCGGAGGACUGACUCCUCACCCACAGAGGGUCCUGGGACUGCAGGUAGCUGUGGAUCCGCUACCAACAGAUAGAUUCCCUUCCUCACACCUUGUUGUCUGUCUCCAUCCCCAGCUGGGACAAUGGUGUGUCUAAGUCGGCCUCUGAGAAAUGCGUUGCCAUGCCAACCACCUCCCCAGGAGAUGGGUUCAAGUUCCCCAUACCGACGGGCAUCCCUUGGGUCCUGCAGGCGGCGGCACUUGGGUCUUCCCUUUCCCCCCCCGCCCCCCCGCACCUCUACCCCUGAGUCGCUACCCAAUGCCCGCUUCGUGUCUCACCACCGUCAGUCACACCUGCCGAGUCCAGUUCUCGUGCUAAUCUAGCUACGGAAGCAGGAGCAAGGAGGAAAGCCUCAAGUGUGCCAGGGAGCUGGGUAGAUCCAAAUUCCUGGACACCAAGUGGGGAAACUGAGGCAGGAGCUGGGAGCGCUACACCAGGUGGAGGCCCCUAGCAUCCCAGCUCUAAGGUUGCGCCCCCCCCCCGCCCCGCCCCGCCCCGCCCAGGAACUCCGAGAGGGUCACAGAGGGAGCCUGGCACAGCCCCCCUUCCAAUCGAGCCCCUUUCCCGGCCCCCAGUCUGCACAUGCUGGAGGAGCCGCCAGUUCCAGCCUUCCCCUCCUCUCGCCCAGAGGUCUCGCCUCCCGUUCCCCCACCCCGCUUCCCCUCCGGGUGCUGCAGUUUCUCCCAAAUGCCGGAGCCUUCCUCCCACCCCUCUGGGGAGGGGGCCCCGGCGGC